UUUCUGGAAAAACUCAGUUUUCACAAUGGAAGAAACACAAGACGGUUAAUACUCACCGCAAGUUUCGUUCAGUUCGGCAAGUCUCCCCAAUGCAAAUUGUCGAUUGAAUACAAGCGUGUUGAGGUGGGAGGAACAGUCGCAAAGGCGGAUUUGCCCGAUCCGACGACCGAUCCUUGCGCCCAGGCCCUUUUAGCUUAUAUAAUUGUGACGUCAUUCUACAAGCCAUCAAGUAUUAAUAUCAUUUGAAACUAGCAAUAGAUAGUUGUGGAACCAAAUUCUUGCCCUUUUUUCUCGUCAACCUCUGUGACCUCUGAUUUCCGCAGAUCAAUUAUAUAAUAAUAGGAUACUUGUUAAUGUAGUUGUAUAUUUUAUUUUAUUUUUCGGAUGCGUGAUAGCUUGAAAAAAACCGCUGUGAUGCCUGAUAGGUACCCCCUCUCACCCCCUCCUUGCCACCCUGAUUUAAUUUCCUGUAGAAUUCUGCAAAGAAGGUAUAUUUGAUAAGAUCGAUCUCGAAGCGUUUAAGGACUCUCUAUUUGGUCAAGACUUGUCUUGGAAUGUUAAGUGCGAUACAUUGCGGCUAACCAAGAAAAGGGUCCUAGUAGUAGUGCUAUGGCAUGACAAAAUGUAGCGUAGCACGACAGAAGAAGUUUUUGUCAACACAUGAUGUUGGAACACAUGUUGUCGACGAUGACCAAGAACAUCACGUGGGAGAGGGAUUAGGUGCGGCUGUGGCUGAUCGAUCCAAUACGAGCGCAUUCCCG